AUAUACAGUCACUGGUUGGUACAGAAAGCUUCGGAGUCAACGCCGUAGUUCCUGAGGCAAAGAAUCGGAGAGUCGAUUCGUCUGAAAUCGACUCUUGGCCCAAAUAGAGAUAUUUUUCUUAGACUAUGUAGGAAGCAUGGUGUCAAUUUCGAAUGAAACCGAAAUAAAGUGUUGUAACUCGCUGUGAAAUUGAGCUGAUGUGUUUCAAGCUAGCUGUUAAGCCUUUUUUUUUGUUGUUGUUGACAUAGCUAAAUAUCUGCGUUCAGUUAAUUCAUUACUUUUUGUUUACUAAUUUUCUUGAGUUAGGUCAUCCACCGCUUCCUCAAAUGGAUAUAACUUUAUAAUUUCGACAGGCAUACUAUUGUAAUUAGCCUAUAUUUGCUGUUUUUAAACCAUAAACAAUCAGAUAAUAGUUUUGAAUCAUGUAUUGGGGGUCGCUUUUAGGCAGAUACUGUGCUGUUCAGAUCAGACAGCAUGUCGGUUCUCUUCAGUGUGUCCUGCCGACAGCCUCCUGUCUUUCCGCUAGAGGGUUCCACAUGACUGGCAUUAGAAGGACGUAUGAUGUCCGGAAAGUGGAGCUGACCCCGCUGGAGCAAAGAAAACUCACCUUCGACAGUCAUGCUCUUGUCAAAGAGCUGGAGUCUAACGGGUUUGAAAAGAAGCAGGCAGAGUUGAUCGUCAAUGCGCUGGUCACCCUCACAACAGCCAACAUGGACAUUGUAUACAGGGACAUGGUAACAGGAGCUCAUCAGGAAAUUGCACUCCAGCAAAUUAUGGCUCAUCUGGAUUCCAUUAGGAAGGACAUGGUUAUUCUGGAGAAAAGUGAAUUUGCCAACUUGAGAUCAGAAAAUGCAAAAAUGAAGGCUGAGCUUGAACAGAUCAAGAACAGAUUGCUGGAGGAAAGUAAAAAAAUCAGAGCAGACGCAAAGUUGGAUAUCAAUCUUGAGCGAAGUCGAGUAACCGACAUGUUCACAGAGCAAGAGAAAAAACUGAUGGAAGUCAACUCGGAGUUUCACAAAAAGAAAGCUGAAAUUGAAACUAGCACAAUUGAAACCACCAAGAAAAUAGACAUCGAAGUGGCUUCACUGAAAACACUCCUGGAAUCACUGAAGCUUCAGACGAUCCGAUAUCUCGCAGCGUGCAUCUUCUCCUCUUUGGUGGUUGCCCUCGGUUUCUACCGGUUAUGGAAGUAAAAGAAAUGUCUUUGACAAUUUUAGCUUUAUUUUUAGUUGUGUUAAAGUUAUUUAGAGUAUUAUUGUAAGCAAAACCUGAUUUUAAGUGUAUAUUAUAUAUAAAAACAUAUCCUCCUUGUAUUAUUUUCUUUUGUGACAUACCGUCAAUGACCGCUAAAAUAUCUGAGCAGUGUUUUUAAUCCAAUAUUUUAUGUGCUAUAACCACUAAAUCCCACUGGUCUGAAAUCUGUGAAACUAUCCUUUUAAAUAAAUUUUUUUUUUAAAAACCGCAUACUGAAGAAGUUGUGUUUCUUUUCUACACUUUGUUUUUAGUAGGUAUGUUAGAGGGAUUGGGAAUUACUUCUUUUUCUGUUAUUUCCUUUUUUGGUCUUUAUUAAAUAUAUACUGUCAAUAGCUCAUACUGUAUAUUGAUCUAGUGGCUUUGGCUUGUUGUAAAUAAAAUGUAUUUUUGUUUGGCAUUUAUACCUAAAUGCAGGGUUAUUCCUGUUCCCCUCCUGCAAUAAUUUAAUAUCUGAAUGUUACAUUCUAUUGCCCUAGAUCUUUAAAAGUCAGAGCACUUUAAUGGGAAUUUUACAGAUGACGCUCUGGAUUUUCUUUCAUGCAUUUACUAAAGCACAGCAUAAUAGCUAGGCAAAGACUAUACACGUUUUUAAUGGUAUAAUUGUAAGCACUAAAAUAUGGCGAACUACUAGCCUUUUUAUUGUUGUUUUUCAUAAUACAAAUAAUAUUAACAAUAAUAAUAAAAACAAAGCAAAACCUUGAUGCACAAAUUUAAGACUGAAAUUUAUUAAGGCAUCAAACUAAUUAUAAAGCCAUCAUUAUUGUAAAAAGGAUAAACAACUGGUGUAUAAAAAUAAUUCAUGUUUUGGCUAGCAAGGUGAUA